ACCAUUUCAUGAGAAAGCGUUGCUAUGGAUCUUCUCCUUCCAAUUCCACUAAAACUCUCCACAUUCUCACGCGCCUCACUGUGCGCGUUCAAUUCACACUCCUUCUCACACCAGCGAAUUAGAACUCGCGUGAAUUGCAACCCUAAUCCCUUGCGAGUGGAAAACAACUCGAAUUUCAACAAUAAAGAUAGUAGUAAUGAUUGUGAAGGGAAUGAAAGUUUGAAUAAUGUAUGGGAAGAGAAUGAGUUUGUUGAGGUAUUUGGAAUUGGAAGUAGAAAAGAUGCUUUGCUUGAGUUCUGUUUGGCUUCACCUUCACUUUCAUCGGCUUUGAGAUUUUGGAAUAUUCUCGUGAAAGACUCAGAGAAGGUGCUAUUACAAGAGAAAUUGCCUACAGAAGGUGUUUCUUCAAGAAUUGUGGAAGUUCCAUCAGCAAUAAAUUCAUGUUCCAAAGCAGUUAUACUUGUGGCUAGUGCAGCUUAUGGUACCGAUCAUGUCCCAGCACUUGAUAUUAUAAGGAGAAUAAAGUCCAGUAAUGGACUAGCCAUUGGCAUCAUCCUGAAACCUUUUAGCUUUGAAGGACGAAGGCGCUAUGAUGAGGUCACAGAUUUGAUUGACAAACUUCAAAAGCAUGCAACUGUUUGUAUAGUUAUUGACACUGAUGUUCUCCUCAAAAAAGAUCUUUUAACUCUCGAUGAAGCUUUGAAAACUUCAUAUAAUGCUGUUCUGAUGGCUGUUAAUGCCAUUUCAAUUCUUAUGUCUGAGGACCACAUUAAGCUUCUAGAUGGUACAGAUUGUGGUACCAAAGAACUGAGUGGUCAAGAGCUAAUAAAAAUUCUUGAAAGCUACAAAGAGGCAAAGACCGGUUUUGGUGCUGGCUACAAUAUCGAAACUUCGAUUCUGCGAGCUGUCUAUGACUGCCCAUUCCUUGGCUCAGGAGUAAAGGGGUCAAAUGGUGUGGUUAUAUGCAUUAUUGCAAGUUCAGGUGUUGUAAAUUCCAGUGAUGUGGGUAGCAUCUUGCACACAUUUCGGCAAACUACUGGAUGUAAUGGAGACAUCGUGAUUUCCAUUGUCCAGGAACCCAAUAUGGAGCCAAGUUUAAUAGUUACUACUUUAGUUACAUGUGGGUACGCUAGACAGGAACCAUCCCAGAAAAGUAGUUUAUUGUCUAGACUAGCGCAACAUAUUCCGUUCAUUUUUAAUAUCCUUAAGAAGCCAGAUCCACCACUUCAAACUGCCAAAGAAAGUGAAAUCGAUGAGACUCCAGAAAUUACUGAUAUGGCAGAAUUUGUUUCUAUGGAUAAUGCACCUGAGGAUAUGUCCAUCUAUUCUGGGGAACUGCAGGCAUUAUUUCCUACCAAUAAUGAAGACACAUCCUUUUUGAGAGAUUAUAAUGAUGUCUCUGAUGAAAGGAAGAUUGAACUGUCAAAUUCUGACGUUGCUACUGAAGCACCUCUUGUUUUCAAAAGAGAGCUUCUCACAAGAUGGAAUCUGGGGCCAGGAAAUGACACUUCAGAAGACUUAGCUACAGAAGGGACCGAGAACUUGGAAGACAAAAACAUGGUUGACAAUACCAGCACGUACAAACUUCCAGUUGGUGUAAAGCAUAAAGAACAGUUAAAAACUAGUCCAGGUUCCUCAAACUCGAGAAAUUCAGGGAGGAAAUCUGAAGAAAGUAGAAGUGCACAGCCUAGAGAUAUUUCAAGUCUAUCCCAGAAUGCAGUGGAUGGAGAAUGCAGCGAAAUUAUUUCAGAUGUUUACAACUCUAACUUCUCCUAUGCCAGUGUUCCAAAAAGGAAAGGAGUUCUCUCUUCUCGGGCAGCCUCUAUGCUGGAAGCUGAACGGGAUUCCAAAAAGAGGUGGAUUCCUGUAGUUGAAAUGAAAUACAGGGGAGGUAUAUACAGAGGUCGCAUUGAAGGAGGACUUCCAGAAGGAAAGGGCUGCCUGUCUCUUGGAGAUGGAAGCAAAUACGAUGGAAUGUGGCGCUACGGAAAGAAGUCAGGGUUGGGUACAUUUUACUUCAAUAAUGGUGACAUUUAUCGGGGUUCAUGGAGAGAUGAUCUCAUGCAUGGAAAGGGAUGGUUUUACUUUCAUACUGGGGAUCGAUGGUUUGUGAACUUUUGGAAGGGAAAGGCUAAUGGAGAAGGCCGUUUCUAUUCAAAGCUUGGUGAUAUUUUCUUUGGACACUUUAAAGAUGGACUGCGCCAUGGCCAAUUUCUUUGUAUCAACAUUGAUGGAACGAGGAGUAUUGAGGUAUGGGACGAAGGCCUUCUUCAAAGCCGAAAGAACUUGGAUUCUGACACAGAAACGGGGUAGACUGACUGGCGUAUCUGUGAAAAUAUGCCAUCAUUCUGUCAUUCCUGCGUGUCCUUGAGGAAAGAAAUGUAGA